GCCCCUCCGGCCCCCCACGCCGCGGCGGCCGGGCGGGAGGCGGCGGUGAGCCCGGGCAUGGGUGUUUCUCUCCGGGAAGCGCUGCCCCGUGGCCUGUUGGUACCUGCGGACCGGCGCCCGGUGGAAAGCACCUUUCUCUCGUGAACGGUUCAGGCUGCUCGCCCCGGGCUCUCGCCAUGGACACUAUGAAAACCACCUACAUCGCGCUGGAACUGAUCAUCGCCGUGUUGUCUAUCGCUGGCAACGUGCUGGUGUGCUGGGCCGUGGCCAUCAACAGCACCUUGAAGAAUGCAACCAACUAUUUCCUGGUGUCCCUGGCAGUGGCGGAUAUCGCCGUGGGGCUCUUGGCCAUCCCUUUCGCCAUCACCAUCAGCAUCGGCUUCCACGUGGAUUUUCACAGCUGCCUCUUCUUUGCUUGCUUUGUGCUGGUGCUGACCCAGAGCUCCAUUUUCAGCUUGCUGGCCGUGGCCAUUGACAGGUACCUGGCUAUUAAGAUCCCUCUGAGGUAUAAUAGUCUGGUGACUGGCAAGCGGGCAAGAGGACUCAUCGCUGUGCUGUGGCUCCUGUCCUUUGGCAUAGGACUGACUCCACUUAUGGGCUGGAAUAAAGCCAUGAGUGGUUGUCCCAACGCCACCAAUGAGACAGGGGCUGAGGCUGGGGCCGAGCACCAGGGCUGCUUCAUCUCCUGCCUCUUUGAGAACGUGGUGACCAUGAGCUACAUGGUGUACUUCAACUUCUUUGGCUGCGUGCUGCUCCCACUCGUCAUCAUGCUGGGGAUCUACAUCAAGAUAUUCAUGGUUGCCUGCAAGCAGCUGCAUCAGAUGGAGCUGAUGGGCAACUCCAGGACCACGCUGCAGAAGGAGAUCCACGCCGCCAAGUCUCUGGCCAUCAUCGUGGGACUUUUUGCCUUCUGUUGGCUUCCCCUGCAUAUCUUGAACUGCAUCACUCUCUUCCACGAGGAGUUCUCCAAAUCCAAGCCCGAGUGGGUGAUGUAUGUGGCCAUCAUCCUCUCCCACGCCAACUCUGUCAUCAACCCCAUCAUCUACGCCUACAGGAUCAGGGACUUCCGCUACACCUUCCGCAAGAUCAUUUCCAAGCUCCUGUGUAAGUCAGAUGAUCUCCCCAAGUGCACCACUGACAACAACCAGCACCUGACUGUCACCAACAUGAACUCUCCAGUAGCCUCUGUGACCGUAUGACCUUGCACAUCCUGCUCCUAAGGAUUUGGCAGCCUGACACACUACCCAUCCCCGUGCCUCCGUGAACAGUUACAGCUGAGUCCUAGGGGAGCGCUCAGAGAUGCCCCCUGUGCACAUCUGCAGCUGUAUUGUAUUGGUUGUAAUGUUUGUAAUUAACAUAGUGCCUCCUAGAACAGCCUGACUGUGGGGGAGGGCCUGGGUGCAACUCACCCUGGGCUGUAACCCCCAGAUGAGUGAGUGUUGGUGAUCGUCUUGUGUUUCCUUUCCAGGUCAGACAUUGAUUGUGAGACCCACCUUCUGGGGGGUGUUUCCCCACUUGUGCUGCUCAUGUCAAGUCCCAGGAUCUUUAUUUUUUGUUAUUGUUAUUGUUUUUAAAAAACCCUUUGGAUUCGUUUGGGCCUAAGAAUCUGUGUUUUGGGUGGUUCUUUAAGUGCACACUCGACAGCACUUUGGUAUUACCCUAAUUAUUCCGUCAAUUGUUUGGUGCAG